UUUAAUUAUAACUUAACUUCUUUUUUAUAUUUUUCUAUAAUUUAAUUUAAUUUAUAUUGAAUUUAUUAUUUUGGUACAAAUUUUUUGCACAUGGUUGUAAUCAAAAGUAGAAAAAUAAGAAAAAGUCACGUUGCUGCUCUCCUUGUGAAACAGCACCACCCAGCGGCGCUCCUGCCUCACACAUGAACUACACUUUGAAGUGAACUACAUCUCCCGUGCUCCCCCGGGGCAGGAGGCAGACAGUCAUGCGGAUGGAAGCAGCAGUGGGCAUCCGCCGCUGCACAGAAAAGUCGAAGAAGAAGAAGAGGAAAGUUGGGGAAAGAUGCACGAAGAGGAGGAUGGCAGCGACGCGAGCCCCGCGGCGGCCCCGCGGAUCACGGCCGCCAGGUCCAUGGACGUGGCCGAGGUGGAGGGCGCGAAGGAGCAGGCCUCCAGGCUGUGCGGCUACCUGAACAAACUGUCCGGCAAGGGGCCACUGAGGGGCUACAAGCCGAGGUGGUUCGUGUACGACCCGAGGAAGUGCUACUUGUACUACUUCAAGACUCCGCAGGACAGGCUGCCGCUCGGACACAUCGAGGUGGGAGACGCGUGUUUCUGCUACGACGUGGAGGGGGAAGAGGGUCAGUUUGAGAUCCGCACCGCCGGGAAGGAGUUCCUCCUGAAGGCCCCCAGCAGGCAGGUGAUGAACUUCUGGCUCCAGCAGUUGCAGCAGAAACGUUGGGAGUACAGCAGCACUCGGAGCUCCGGUCAGAGAGACAGCUGGAGCUCCCCGACCCUGGCCUACCCUCCCACUGGCCUUGUCGGCAAAGACAAUGAUGGUUUCAUCUUUGAGAAGCUGAGCGAGAGCAUGGAGAAGGUCCGCAGCGACUUUGCCAUGGAGACGGAGACAGAGGGCGGGUCAAUGGUGGGGAUUCAGACGGCCAGAGGAGCCUCCGCUGUGUCCACCAACCCUCUCAACUUCUCGCUCAAAAACCUUGGUACAGAACUCAAGAACUCCAUGUCUUAUCUGCGGCAGGGCAAGGGAGCUGAGAACAGGCGCAGUGUGUUUUACACUGGUAACAACAGCACAGAGGAGUGGGAGCUGGUGGACGCCCCGCCCAAGGACUUCAUUGAACAGAAAUCUCACCCAGACACACUCAGACAUUCCUUUGGAUCUGCAUUUACAUUUGACUUUGUGCGAAAUUCGGCCCGGCCUAAGAAGCCGCUGCUUCGGGACAUGAUGGCCUCUGGGAGGUUUGGGCGCAGUGCUGAGACGCGCAGUGCUGAGAGCUCGCCAGUGGAGUGUAACGGCAGCAAACCUUUGGAGAUGCAGCUUCGCCUCCAGAGCCAACAGGAAGAACUGAGCCGCAUGGAGCAGGAACAGGCCAAACUCCGAGAUGAGCUCGCCAGUCAGAAGGAGCUGGUUAGACUUCUGCAGCAGACUCUCAGGACGUCUCAGAGCGAGCGGCCAACAGUCCGCUGUCCAGCCCCGGCUCCUGAUCCAUCCACAGCCUCAGACCAGGCCCAUGCCCAGGCCCAGGCCUCUGAAGUAACCCAGGAAGAAAUCGCCCAGCUGGAGAACCUGCUUCAGGAAAGAGACGGACAGAUCCAGGCCCUGUGUGGCCACAUGGAGCGUCUUGCCUUGGAGAAGGAGAGCCUGCAACAGGAGCUGAAAGGCUUGAAGAUUAAAGUAGGGGAGAUGAAUGAGCAGCUGGGUAUGAUGAUGGAGACCAUCCAGGCUAAGGAUGAAGUCAUCAUGAAGCUGUCGCAGCAGAGCCCUGAGGACAGUGGAAAUCCAAAUGAUGCAAGUUCACUGUCUCCAAUCAAAGAGCAGCCGGAGCUGGACAUCCUGAAGGACAGUCUUCAAGGCUACAAAUCCCAGAACAAGUUCCUGAACAAAGAGAUCCUGGAGCUGACAGUGUUGCGCAGAAAUGCAGAGAAUAGAGAAAAGGCUUUAGAAGCAAAGUGUACGGCCCUGGAGGCCAAGUUGUGUCAGGUGGAGAGUAAAUAUCUGGUGCUGCUUCAAGAAGUGAAGACCCCGGUGUGUUCGUCUUCGGAGCAGAGCCCUGCCUGUGACGUCAUUUCCAGAUUGUUAGAGGAUGCUCUGCAGGUAGAGGGCUCCGAUCAGCACGAGCACCCCAUCUUCAAACCAAGCACUGUCAGUGAGUACGACGUGUUUGGCUUCAAGACGGUGCCUGAGGAAGAGGAGGAGGAGGAGAAGCUGUUUGCGAAGGUGAGAGCCUUGGAGCUGAAGUCGCUGUCCAUGACGAACCAGGAGGUGUCCGUAGGAGUAAAGUGGGAGAACUACCUGGCCAGCACCAUGAACAGAGACCUGGUGCACUCCCCUGAGCUCAAAGCCCUGAUUCGCUGCGGUGUGCCGCACGAGCACCGGUCCCAGGUGUGGCGCUGGUGUGUCUCCUUCCACGUCAAGAAAUUUCGGGACCAUCUGGCGCCGGACUAUUAUGAGACGUUACUGAAUGUAGCCAGGGACAAGCCCAACCCAGCCUCGAAGCAGAUCGAGCUGGACCUGCUGCGUACUUUGCCCAACAACAAGCACUACUCCUCUCCGAGUGCGGGCGGCAUCCAGAAACUCAGGAACGUCUUGAUGGCGUUCUCCUGGAGGAACCCAGAUAUUGGCUACUGUCAGGGACUGAACAGGUACUGGAGGGGAUUUGGUUUUCCUGCUCUUCCCUCUCUCCUCUUAUGCCUUGUAACCAUUCAUUUUUAUUGCAUGUAUUUCCUCAGGCUGGCUGCCAUUGCCUUGCUCUAUCUGGACCAAGAGGACGCCUUCUGGAGCCUCAUAGCUAUUGUGGAAGUGUUCAUGCCGAGAGACUAUUACACCAAGACUCUGCUUGGCUCACAGGUUGACCAGCGCGUGUUCAAGGACCUGAUGUUCGAGAAGCUGCCGCGGCUUCACGCCCACUUUGAGCAGCACAAGGUCGACUUCUCCCUCAUCACCUUCAACUGGUUCCUGGUGGUGUUCGUGGACAGCGUGGUGGGCGACAUCCUCUUCAAGAUCUGGGACGCCUUCCUGUACGAAGGUCCAAAGAUCAUAUUUCGCUCCGCCCUCGCUCUCUUCAAGUACAAGGAGGAAGAGUUUUUGAAGUUGCAGGAUUCCACAACCAUCUUCAAAUAUCUCCGAUACUUCACAGGAACAAUCCUGGAUUCAAGGAAGCUGAUGAGCAUCGCCUUCGGGGACAUGAACCCGUUCCCCAUGAGGCAAAUCCAGAACCGCCGCUCCUUCCACCUGGAGAAGGUCCGUCUGGAGCUGACGGAGCUGGAGGCCAUCAGACAGACCUUCCUCAGGGAGAGGGAGUCGAGUCAGGACGGACGGAGCUUCGUCAGCGACGAUGAGGAGGAUAAUUAACCUGAAGCUGAAGACGAAGAGACCUCCUCCACACACCAGUGAUGUGUCGCUGUUGUAAAAGGGAUGUUCUGUCGUAAAGAGCUGUUGGAGUUGGUCUCCACAUUGAUGCUGGAACAAUCGACUUCAUACAAAGUCGAGGUGGAAUCGUGUCAAAGGACCAAAACAUUGAAGGCCGUGUGGCUUACUAUCAGUAUUCCUGCCUUAUUUCCUAAAUACUUUAUUUGCUGGAUGCUUGUGUGUUUACCUGACGGCCAAAACUGUGUUUGUCUUAUUAUCUCUUCAUCCUCCAAUGCCAAGUUCAAACUUUCACUUCAGUCCAAAUCAGUAUUUUCGAAAUCAUGGCUGUGAACUUGUAAUAAGUUGGAGAUUUUUAUACCUGUCGAAGAAAUGAUUGUUUACUCUUCUUUUCAUCGCAACUCAAAUUUCCUCUGAAAUGUCUUUUUUCCACUUGUUCUGAACAACACAAUUUUUGUCUGUUGAUGAACUUGAACUAUUGAUGCUGAAAUAUGUUGCUAAAACUUAAACUUUAAGUGUUAGAGCCUUCAAAUCAUAAAUGGGUGUUUAUCAUUCCAUGUUGUGUGUGUGUGUGGUCCAGAAGCUCUUGUGAUCAAAAACAAAAUCUUACUCCUGUCUUAUCAGUUUGAAAUCAGGUGGAAUGUUGUUAUCUCUGGAUUCAAAUAACAAGAGAUAAUAUUGUUAAGUCCAUUUAAUAUCAUCUGUCUGUAUUUGGCAGAAUUAUUUCAUUUUUAAUGCUUGCAAAUUACUUUAUUAUUAAAUACAACUCAAUAUUUACAUAUUCCAAAGAAAAGUCUUAAAGGUCAAAGUGAUGUGCAUCUACAUUUGCACUUAAGCUUGUGUGAAACUGUGUUACAGCCUUUGGACCUUGUCAGGAGAACAUUUGAUAGUAUCACCCAUAUUAGUGGAUUCCUGUUUACCUGAGUAUUUUAUCAUAACUUCUUUAAAACAUGUGCAUUGUAAUUUACCUCUGCCUCAGAGUUCUACUCUUAAUGUAUUAUUUAGGUUUCAGUAAUUCUUCUUUCCCCAAAGAUUCGGGUGUUUUUCAUACAUUUGACCCCAACUUCUUUCCAAUGCUGGGAUUUCUGAGCCUCAUCUCAAAUUGCUGAUGUAUUUGCAUUCGUUGUCCACAGUGUGGCAGUACAACAUUGGUCUCUGUCCAGUGUUUACACGCGUCCACAGGUACCGAUCACUGUGCUGGAUUUCAGCUCAGGAUGAGAAGUCACUUUUUCAGUGUGGUUGUUGUGUGAGAAUGAAGUGAUGAUAUGAUUUGUCAUCUAUGGAGAUUGUUUAACAUGUGGAGCAACAGCUGUCUCUCCUCCACAUCCAGGUACUAGGACAUGACGGUUUCCUCUCCAGCACUGUGACCAUCUGGUUUAUGAUUCAUGGUGUUCAACUAACUACAGUCAAAAAAUAUUUUACAAACACAAAGAACCAUGUUUUCAUUUGGCUAAACAACAUUUUGUUAUUGUUUGAAAUCUACGAGGUUUGGACACGUAGCCUUUUCCCUUGUUCGCUGAUGUAUUGUUUACAACUUACAACUUUUAUCUUUCUUUUACUUUUAUUUACAGAGCAUUUGUUUGCAUCAAAAUUGACCAUGUUUUCUUUUCCUUGUUAAAAUUGUUAUUAAAAUAGAAAUGUAGAUUUAAAAAACUAUGUUAAAAUGAAAUGAAAUGAUCCUCAUGAGAGCAGGUCUCUCUAGCAAUUGUUCAGUUUAAGCUAAAAAAUGAAUGUCAAUGUUCACUUCUAUUUCAAUGCACAGCCACUUGUUCUGAUGCUUGUUAAAUAGCAUUUUUCAUGUUUUUGUCAUUUUAUUUUCACAUUGAAUAAGCUACAUGUAAAGCUACCCUCUCCUCUUCAGUUUUUCUUUUCGUCCUCUUUUUCUUUUCACAUCCCUAAAGUGUCAGAAUAUUAUUGUGCAGUCCAUUGAUUUGUUUGUAAAUCUCUAAAUUACCUUGUUCAUUGUUACUCAGUAUAAAGUGCAAAGCUUUUAUGUCACUGAAGUCAGCGUACGCCACUCUUAUGUUUUCGUAGCACACAUUCAAUAAAAAAAAUGGUUGACUGAG